GGGAACUAGGAAUCAGACUGAUCUGCACCUAUAAAUGAGGUCAGAACCGGCACCAGCACCAUACUACUCUCCAGCCAGUUUUCUUUUCUGUUAUCGUCAUGGCUCGUACAAAGCAGACCGCUCGCAAGUCCACCGGCGGUAAGGCGCCGCGCAAGCAGCUGGCCACCAAGGCGGCCCGCAAGAGCGCGCCGGCCACGGGCGGCGUGAAGAAGCCGCACCGCUACCGACCCGGCACGGUGGCCCUGCGCGAGAUCCGCCGCUACCAGAAGUCCACGGAGCUGCUGAUCCGCAAGCUGCCGUUCCAGCGCCUGGUGCGCGAGAUCGCGCAGGACUUCAAGACCGACCUGCGCUUCCAGAGCUCGGCCGUCAUGGCGCUGCAGGAGGCGUGCGAGGCCUACCUGGUGGGGCUCUUCGAGGACACCAACCUGUGUGCCAUCCAUGCCAAGCGCGUCACCAUCAUGCCCAAAGACAUCCAGCUUGCCCGCCGCAUCCGCGGGGAGAGGGCGUAACCCAAGGCUAUUGCUUACUCUGAACUGAAAAAGGCUCUUUUUAGAGCCACCUACU